CUUAUUUUUAAUAUCUUUUAACACCUUGUUGUCCUGUAAUCAUUGUAACAGUGAUAAACAAUUUCAUAUGUCACUAGUUUAACUACCAAUCUUCAUUAUCUAUCGAUAUACUACCGUACUCCCCCGUGUGGUUUCAGGAAACUACCAAAGAUGAUGACCCGUGGGAAAGCACAAACCCGUGACCUGGAGCUCCAGCUGAGGAACACACUCGAAGACCUUAAAGCAUCUCGAGACCUGUCUGAUCAACUGAUGAAAGAACGGGAAGAAAAUGAGAAGGAAUUUGAAUGUCUCUUGAAAAAGAACACAUCCCUGAAGAAUGUUGUGACCGAGUUAGAUAUCCAAUGUCAGGACUUGCAAGGCAAAUGUGACGAGUUGAGUAACUUGCUACACUCAUACCAGCAAUGCCAAGAUAUACACGAAGUCACCCUGUCUCAGAUUCACAGCCUUGAACAACAGCUGGCAGAGUCAAAUGCUGAAAUCCACAGACUGAAUGAGAAGAAACAGCAUGAUGCAAAUAAUGAAACAAUGGCCUUGUAUGACGAACUAGUUAGCUCCCACUCAAAAACUGUGCCUACAAUAGACCUAACCACACCUUGUAAGGAACUGCAAUAUGAUGAUUGUUGUGAAAAGAAAAUCAAGAUAAUAGGUGCAAAUAAACUAAAGAAAUAUUGUAGAAUAAAUAGAUUUAUAAGUAGAACUAAGAAAACAAUCAAGAAAUAUAAGACCAUCCCACACCAACCUUUAAAAACAGAAAAGGUGAGACUUGGAACACUGGUCCAAAAAUACGAGAAAGAAAUUUCUAAACAAAACCAGGAGCUCGCAGACUGCAACGAACAGUACGAGAUAAAUAUGGCGAUGCUACAACAAAGACUAAAUAACUUGAAGUUAGUCUUUAACACUCCAAGGGUACCAUCUACUGAGGAAAACACCACCAGCUCCCAGAUGUCAGCGGCUCUGGCUCUAUCAGAGGCCACCCAAGAUGCAUCACCUAUCCAGCCUGCUACCAAUACUUCACUGGGCACUCAUACCGGUGACAUUGCCAAGCAGCUGCAGCAGUCCACCCCGGCCUCCACCACGUGCACUCCAGAUGAGUUCCGGCCAGAUGGAUUCUGCAACGACGAGCCCGCCACGCCAUCACUCUAUACUCCAAUGUCAAAGCAGCCCGCAGUGACCCCAGCCUCGUCUUCAUGUACCAGUCUGCAAGAAGAAGCCCCAUCGAGUAGCUACAGUUGUUCUCCUUAUGAGACAAUUGUUUUUUCUGAUAAGUUAGGUAGUAAAAUGGGCUAUAUGCUGAACGACUAUCUCAGGCAAAAAGUAGUUAAUAUAUGUAUGCCAGGUGCCUCAUUUAAGCAAAUUGUAGAUAGGAUAGUGUCAGGGCAAUACAGCUUGAAUACUACAAUAGUAUUACUAGUAGGAAAUAGCAUAGAAGUAGAGAAAGAGGACAUAAUUCAAUGUUAUGACGCACUUUCUUCUAUUAAUGUUAGGAAAACCAUUAUUUGUGCUUUCCCUUACUCCACCUCACGGACUACAAAGCAGAAUAAUUACAUAGGUGAUUUAAAUAUGUUAUUAUUUAACAUGACCUUUGGUGACAGAGAAAGAAUGAUGUAUUUCGAUACAAAUAAAUUUAUUCAUAAUUUUAUUUUGACUAAGAGUACAUUAUUUGUACCUAAGUUUUAUAAGCGACAGAUAGCUAAAUUGUUAGCUUACAAUAUUUAUGACCCUGUUAUAAGUAGUAUAACAGAAGUAGGACCAACUGAUACGAUAGUUAGUAGUAAUACUAAUGUAAAUUUAAACUGCCAUGCACGACAAGAGAUGAGCAACUGAGAGUUGUACACCAGAACAUUCAGGGGCUUUCUCGCAAACUUCUAAUGCUAGAGUUAUUUUUAGAACAAUACGACAUAGACAUAAUUUGUAUUACUGAGCAUCACCU